UCUUUGUUUGUUUAGAAGGCAAAGCUGGAUAUACGAUCCAAAGAUUGAUAAAUUCCAUCCUCGUCUUUCUCUUGGCGUGGUUGAUAUUGAAACGAAAUCCUGGUUUUACCAUCUCUACCACGUUGGAAAGCCUCUUGAGUGUUCUCAUGUAGAUGUUCUCUUUUAUUAUCUGAGAAAGAAAAUAAAAUCUGGAUGUGCUGCAAACAGUAGAUGUACGUCAACUGAUAAUUUUUUUGAUCGGCGUAUUCAAACUCUCUACACAGCAUACAAGAAAAAGCAAGAUGUGUCACUUGUUUCUUUGAAACAUACAGUGGCUAUCUACAUUAAAGGUGGUGCUAUGCGUUGCAAUACGAAUUGGGCUAAUGUUGACGAUGUUCUUUUUCCGAUCAAUUGUGUUAACGAUUGGCAUUGGAUUUUGGCUCGCCUGAAUUUCAAGGAACGAUGCAUCUAUAUCUACAAUUCGUUGAGGUCGGCGCAAUAUGACAGAUCAGCAACUGAAUAUGUUACUUGCUAUAGUGUGUUGCUUCCACUAUUCCUUCAAGCUACCAAUUUUUAUGAUUCUCGAGAUGACAUCGAUACUACUGCCGGUGCUUAUGAGGGAAAGAGAAUAACUGAUCCGUUCAGAAUAGAGAUUGUGGAAAACAUGCCUAUCCAAAAUGAUGUUGAUUGUGGAGUUCAUAUGUUUUCCGCUGCUGAGUUCUUUGUUGAUGGGAAAGUUAUGGGGCAUGAUUAUGAUGUCAAAGAACACCGUGCUCGUUACGCUUCGUCAUUAUAUUUGUAUGCUCGUUGGAAGGAAAGCUCUUCUUGUGUUAGUGAAGAUGAGGGUCCUCUAAAACUCAAGAGAACAUCUGCCUAGGGAGUGAAGAGGAAGCUAAUUUAUGGAGGUUCAAGAUGAAGAAUGUUAUUGAUUUUUGUUUGUAAAGAAAGUCUCCUUUUUGUCACACUUUUAUUUUGCUUGGAGGACAUAAAUGUCCAUUUAUUUCUUAUUUGAAGUCUAUUUUAGAGUAUUUGUAAAAACAGGUAAU